UCGCGCUGCCCCGGCCGCUGCCAAUCAUCGGGAUCCGUCCAAUCCCUCCGGUGCGGUGUCCGAGCCGUCUUUCCCACCGCGCCGCCGGAGUGUGCUGAGGGCUCUGCCAAUCGCGGGCGGCCAGAGCGGGGCCGGGGAUGCGCGGAGUUAGGAGCGCAGACAAAAGAAGUUAAAGAGCCGCUUAAUAUAUACAUGUUUUUGAAGGCGGGUAGAGGGAAAAAAAUAACAACAGCGAGCGUAGAUGGGCUUGGCUGUGUCGUUAUGGAGCCCCCUUUGAGCAAGAGGAACCCGACACUGAGAUUAGCGGAUUUGGCAGCGGCUCAGCCCCAUCCUCACCAGAACAUGACAGGCUUCCCGGGGCUGGGUAACCACCACGUCCACCCCCACCACGCGGCCCACCUCCACCCGGGGGACGCGGGCGGCGACCCCGGCGGCGCCCUGACGCCGCUCGGACCCGAGCACAUGGCUGAGCCCACCGCCCUCAAGCUCACGCCCGAGGCGCUCACCGCCGCCGCCGCCGCUUCGCCGCUCCCGCCGCCACCACCGCCGCCGCCGCCGCCGCCACCGCCGCCGCCGCCACCACCGCCGCCGCCUGCGCCGCCCGCCGCCGCCCUCCCGGGAUUCCCGUCGGGGGGGGCCGCGGGACGGGAAUUCCUCCUGCGGCGGGAGCUCCCCGCCGCCGCCGUGCACGGGGCGCUGGGCGAGCAGCACCCGCCCGCCGGGUCCCCCCACCUCCCGCCCCCGCCGCCCCACGGCGUCUUCAUCUCGGCCGCCGGCACCUACGGGGCAUCCGACGGGGCGCACGCCGCCUUCGCGCACGGCGAGCAGGGCGCGCCCGCCGGCCGCCACCCGCCGCUGAACGGGCAGAUGCGGCUGGGGCUGGCGGCCGGGGAGCUGUACGGCCGAGCCGAGGCGCACUACGGAGCCGCCGCCGCCUCCUCCUCGGCGCUGCAGGGCUACGGCUCCGUCAACCUCAGCCUGGCGGCGGCGAGCGGGCACGGGCACCCGCACCACCCGCAUCCCCACCACCAUCACCACCAUCACCACCACGGGCACGUCGGGGCGGCCGGGGCCUUCCUGCGCUACAUGCGGCAGCCCAUCAAGCAAGAGCUCAUCUGCAAAUGGAUCGACCGGGAGCCACCGCCUCCUCCGCCUCCGCCUCCGUCGCCGGGCGGUAGGAAGCCUUGCUCUAAAACUUUCAGCACGAUGCAGGAGCUGGUGAGCCAUGUCACCGUGGAGCACGUCGGCGGGCCCGAGCAGAGCAGCCACGUGUGCUACUGGGAGGAGUGUCCCCGGGAAGGCAAGCCCUUCAAAGCGAAAUACAAACUCAUCAACCACAUCCGAGUGCACACGGGAGAGAAACCCUUCCCCUGCCCCUUCCCCGGCUGCGGAAAAGUCUUCGCCCGCUCCGAAAACCUCAAGAUCCACAAGCGGACUCAUACAGGAGAGAAGCCCUUCAAGUGCGAGUUCGACGGCUGCGAGAGGAAAUUCGCCAACAGCAGCGACCGCAAGAAGCACUCCCACGUCCACACCUCGGACAAGCCCUACUACUGCAAGAUCCGCGGCUGCGACAAGUCCUACACGCACCCCAGCUCCCUGCGCAAGCACAUGAAGAUCCACUGCAAGUCGCCCCCUCCCUCCCCGCCGCCGGGCUCGCAGGGCUUGCCGGGGCCCCCCGACGGCCCGCUGUCCCCCGACGGCGACACGGCCCCCCGCGCCGCCGCCCUGUCCCCGCCGGUCACCAACCUCAGCGAGUGGUACGUGUGCCAGGCGGGAGGGGGGGGCCGGCGGCCGCGCACCCCCUCCAGCGGCGGUACCUCCCCCCUCUCCGAGGAGGACGAGUCCCACAGGACCUCUGGAGGGAGAACGGCUCCCUAGGGCCGGGACGAGCCGUCGGUGACCCACGGCUGCAGCGGCAGCCGCCUGGCACGGGGGCUGGAGUGGAAGUGCCGUCAGGUUUGACUCGCGCUAUUUAUUCCGUGUACGAAACCCUAUGGUGUUUGUACGGUAACUAAUUUAAUUAAAGAGAC